AUGAUUGAGCCCUUCCUGGGAACCUGGAACCUGGUCUCCAGUGAAAACUUUGAGGAGUACAUGAAAGAGCUGGGAGUGAAUUUUGCUGCCCGGAAUGUAGCAGGGUUAGUGAAACCAAGUGUCAGUAUUAGUGUCAAUGGAGAAACAGUGACCAUGCGGACAGAAAGUUCUCUCACAAACACUGAGAUUUCUUUCAAACUGGGGGAAGCGUUUGAUGAAACUACUGCAGACAACCGGAAAGUAAAGAGCAUCAUCAUAUUAGACAAUGGCACAAUGAUUCAUGUCCAAAAAUGGCUUGGCAAAGAAACGACAAUAAAGAGAAAAAUUGUAGAUGGAAAAAUGGUAGUGGAAUGUACCAUGAAUGAUAUUGUCAGCACCAGAAUCUAUGAGAAAGCAUGA